AUGUCCCAACCGCACCUCCAGGGUGGCACUUCAGCUUCAGGUGCUUCAUGUCCUUCCUGCCACCCGACUCCGAGUCCGAGUUCAAAGUCAAGUCCUAACACAGUCCCACAUCCCACCGCCAACAACAACAAUCCAAAAUCCCCACUGGCAAACGACGAAACAGACAAGAUGCUCGAGGAGAUCACCAACACCAACACCAAUAGCAAUGCUAUUAGUGAGCAGUACGACCGAUUCAAGACUCCGUCCCCUAAAACGAUCGGUGGCAUUCACGCUAUGCCACCAAACCCCAACCCCCAGCACCCCCAAAGACCCCGCGAUUCCGCGCGUCGUCGCAAUCGUGCGCGGUUUAGCUAUAGCAGCGACAUCGAAUUAUCCUCCGACGAAGCACUGCACAUCCACGAGCUCUCGCGCGAGAACGGGAAAUUGCUCUUUGAGUAUUUUAAUCAGACAUAUGUGGCCCAUGACGAGAAGAAGGGAAGGAUUUCGCCUGGGCGGGCGAGGGCUUUUAAGAGGGCGAGGAGGGUGCUUGAUUCGCCGUUCCUUGAGAGCUCGGCUUCCGCUUUGUCCUCUUCCUCCUCUUCCUCUUCGUCGUCUUCGGCGUUGGCGGCGGCGGCGGUUUCGUCUAUUGUGGUUCAGCGCGAAGGCGAAGAUGAUACAUACCAAGUGGAUUAUAUGCGCGUUGAUUUGGAGGGUGAUAUGCUCGAGGGACCGUCCGCGUCCUCGUCCGCGGCUGCGUCUGCGACUGGUUUAGAUGGGUUAGAUGGGUUAGCGCAGAUGCCGGUGGAUAGUGCAGAUGCGGAUGCGGAUAUGGAUGGGGGUGGUGGUACUUUUCAACUUGAUUCAUUUGCGAACUCGAACCGGAACUAA